GCGCUUCGGGCUCCACGUUCCAUUCACGUUCAGUUUGCCAUGGCGAUGGAUUCAUGGAUGCGGUUUCAGUAGAAUCGAUCUUGUCGUGGAUGCCGCAUGCCUUUUUUUUUCGUGUGUGCCAAAAACGCGGGCUUUGUGCUCUCAUUCGCCUGGAAAUACUAUAUAUUCACCUCAUUUAUGGGGCGGAAUGUUUUCUAGAAACAAAAAAAAAAAGAGUUCAUUACCAAAACCAACGUGUUAUUCUAAAUAUCGACGGGAAAAAGUGAUGUUUUUGUGAAAUAGGCCAGGAAUUAAGUGCAACUUUUGAAUAAUGGCCUUUCAAAUGAUUAAGUCCGCUUUGGAUAACCCGCCGCAGCAGCAGCAUUUGCUAAGACGCCACAGUAAUUUGGGUUUGCCCCAUCAACAUGCAGCUGGAGUUGUUCUCCUAAAAUAUGAACACAAACUGAACUCCGGCUCAUGGGAGGACACCUUGGACGAGCCGCACCACCACCACACGCACCACUCGCACCACCAGCACCACUCGCACCUCAGUCAUCGCCAGCAGCACCACCACCAGCAUCAGCAGCAGAGCUCCUUCAUUGGAUCGCCGCCGUCCAGUGCCAGCAUCACCACCGCCCAGCUGCAUAGUGCGUUCAGUCGGCGGAUUGCCGAGCAGCGGGAGCGGGAUCAGAGGGAUCAGCGGGAUCAGAGGGAUCAGCGGGAGGGAGCGGGCUGCAGCGCAGCCACAAUUGCCGGCGGAAGCUUCAGCGCCAACGGUGGCCAGGCUGCCGUUGGUGUUGGCGUUGGCAGCAGCAGCAGCUGCGGCAGCAGCAGCGACCGGGACACCAAAUCCCCCUGCCGCGAUCGGGAUAGGAAUCUCGACCGGGAAAGAGAGAGGGAACAGGAGCGGGACAAAGACAAGGAGCAGGAGGAGGAGGAGGCGGUUCUCACCGAGGAGGAGCAGACCAGCAGCAGCGUGAGUUCGCUAAGUGCCGGCAACCAACGCAAUUCGCAAUUGCGUUCCACCUUCAACAAGGCCAAGCAGCAUUUGUCGUUUGACAAAUGGCGCACGGCCGCCACCGGAAGCGCAACAGGUUCCGCAUCCGCCACAGCAUCCACAUCUGGACCAGGAUCAUCGUCCACUGAGAACAAUAACGCCGCCGCCAGCAACAUGAUUAUGCGCAGGGCCAGUGCCUGCACGAUGCCAUCGAGUGGCGGAGGAGGAGGAGCAGGUGGCUCCCAGCGGGAGGAGGCCACCACUCCGGGUGAAUCGCCCGGUGGCCGCCUGUCCCGCUGGUUCUCCAUCAGGCGCGGCUCCUCGCAUCAGUACGAUGUGGGAGGACGCGAUGGUCGCCACUCCACCGCCUCCAGUUUUGAUACGCCCGAUUCGGGUUCUGGGAAUUCGCCGAGCACGGGCAAAGCCAACUCCGGUUUGGGAUCAGCAGGAACCGGCGGACUAGGCCAAGGAGCAGCGCUGGACGCCGCCUCGCCACAAAAGUUGGCCAAUUUGGGAGCCAGCAAAAUGAUGCCCGGAGUGCCAGAGUCGGAGGAUGAUGAGGCCACCGCCAAUCGCUUCGACAUGGACCUGAUGAUGACGCCGGGCAGUCGGGCCAACGGGACCGCUCGUACCGCCCACAACCGGCUGAUCGUGCCCAUGUUGCCGCCCGCCCCCGCCGGAUUGUCCCAGCAGCAGCUGAAGAGGCGCCACAUUGUGGCAGCCAUUGUGCACAGUGAGAACUCGUAUGUGGCCACCCUGCAGCGACUAGUCAAUGAUUACAAGAAACCGCUGGAGGAGUGCAGUCCGCCGGUGCUGAAUCCGGUGAAGAUAGCCACCCUGUUCCAUUGUCUGCCGGACAUCCUGCAUUCGCACAAGUUGUUCCGGAUCUCGUUGGCGGAGUGCGUCCGGAAUUGGGAUCGUGACGAGAAGAUCGGCGAUUGUUUUGUGAGCGCCUUCGGGAAGCCGCAGCUGCUGGAGAUCUACUCCGGUUUCAUCAACAACUUCUCGGCGGCCAUGGAGCUGGCCAAGAUGGAGGAGAAGCGCAAGUCGGCGCUGGCCGACUUCUUCAAGGUCAAGCAGAUCAGCGCCCACGACCGCCUGUCGUUCUUCGGAUUGAUGGUGAAGCCGGUGCAGCGUUUCCCCCAGUUCAUCCUCUUCCUGCAGGACCUGCUCAAGUACACGCCGCAGGGCCACCACGACCGGAUGUCCCUGCAGCUGGCCCUCUCGCAGCUGGAACUCCUGGCGGAGCUGCUCAACGAGAGCAAGCGGGAGGCGGAGCAGUAUCAGGCCUUCAAGGAGAUGCUCGGCCACAUCUCGGGCACCUUCAAUGCCCGAUCCCUCAGCCUGAGCAGCGUUAGUGUCAGCGACUCCGCCGGCGGCCACCGGCCGAGGUACUUACUCCGCGAGGACAACGUCACCCACAUGGAGUUCAACCAGGCCGGCUUCAUUGUCAAGUGCAAGCAGCGCCGGCUGCUCCUGCUCAACGACAAGGUCAUCUGCGUGUCGGUGGCGCCCAAGCAGUCGCACGACUUUGGGGCCACCGAGAAGCUCACCUUCAAGUGGAUGUUCCCGGUCAACGAUGUCGAGAUCGUCGACAACAGCACCUCCGCCACGCUGUCGAGGAUCCUCACAGCGGGUCUCAAUCGCGGCGGCAGCUUGAAGUCGAAUGGCAGCAGUGGCGCCAACGGCAGUCCCUAUGCCAACAGCACGCUGCCGGGAUACGGAGGAGGAGGUGGGGGAGGUGGCUCCACCGGCCUGUCCGGAUUCGGAGACCCGCACAGCUCCCCGGCCGCCCAGCUGACCAACGGGGCCGACAAUUUGUGCAGCGAGAUGAGCACGCUGAUGUAUGACUACGAGGUGAUCUCCCGCAUCCAGGAUCUGGUGUGCAGCCUGAAGGGCAGCUACAAGGAGCUGAACGCCAACACGACGCGCAACGUGCUCAACCUCAUCCAGGGCUCCAUCCAGCGCAAGGACGAGGAGAUGGCCUGGGUGGACUCCUGCUGCCUGCAGCUAACCGGACGCCACAAGUCCGGCAAGGAGGAGACCUUCACAUUCCAGACGCAGACGCCGGCGGUGAAGAAGGAGUGGAUCACGGAGCUGCGUCUGGCCCAGCUGGCCCUCGAUCCGAACAAUUCGCCGGCCUGGGAGCGGGGUGGCUCCCAUCCGCAGUCCGCCCACCACCACCAUCCCCACCAUCAUCACCAUCCGCAGCAGCAUCCGCACGCGGGAGCGGGGGAUCCCCGCCAGACGCAGGAGCAGCUGCAGCUGCAGGAGGCCGUCCAGCAGAAGCAGUCGCGCAAGAUGCCGCUCUUUGUCAAGGCGAUGCCUGUCUACAAGUCACAGCAUCAAACCGAGGUGCGCUGUGGAUGCUACUACAGCAUCGCCAAUGACACCAAACAGAGCGGGAAUGCGCGACGCCGGCACAAGCAGCUGAACUACCUGUGGAUGUGCAGCAGCGAUGGAACCUCCUCGCACAUCACCGUCCUGGCCCAACAUCCCCAGCAGGCGGGCAAUCUUCGCGAGGCCGGCGCCUUCGAUCUCUUCGAGACGCAGAUCUCUGCGCUGGAGUUUGUCAAGGGAUUGGAUCAAUUGAGGACGCGCGACGAGCCGGCCAGUCUGCUGGGCGAUCUGGUGUGGCUGGGCACGGAUAGUCGCAAGAUCCUGGUCUACUCGGCCCGAAAUCCGGAGCAGGAGGAGCAGCUGGGCAGCUACUCGGUGCCGGGUGCAGUGCAGCGGAUCCUCUACCAUUUCGAUGCGGUCUACGUGGCUCUUUCGGGGGCCACCGUGUUGAUAUUCCGUCGCGGCAACGACGGCGUGUGGCAAUUGCGCGACCCGCAGACCAUCAAGCUAGGCGACUCCGACUUGGCAGUGCCCAGCCUGCUGCCCAUCAACAUGUGCAUCUACGCCUCGUGCGGCAACCGGGUGUACGUGAUGAACGCCCUGAACGGCGAGAUCCAGCGGAGCUUCGAGGUGCAGCACGGGGCCAGCCAGCAGGUGAACCUGAUGGCCCACUCGGGCAUCGGCCUGUGGAUCUCGCUGAAGAACUCGACGAUGCUGUGCCUCUACCACACGGAGACGUUCAAGCAUCUGCAGGACAUCAACAUCGCCUCCAGUGUCCUGCGGCACGAUGGCAAGAAGGAGCAGCCGCUGAACAACAGUUCGGUGUAUGUGACCGCCUUGAUGGCCUGCAAGGGACUGCUCUGGGUGGGCACCAAUGUGGGCAUUGCGGUGACCAUUCCGCUGCCCCGACUCGAGGGUGUGCCCAUCAUCAGUGGCGGCAUCAACAUGUCCUGCCAUGCGCACUUCGGCCCCAUCACCUUCCUGCUGCCGCUCAUCCCGAAGGUCUAUCCCGCCUACAAGCCGCCGCCCGUGGGCGUGGCUCCCUUGGUGCCCAGCAUGGGCGACGACCUCCAGCUGCCGGCCAUCGAUGCGGAUCCCAAGAUCCAGGAGCUGGACGACGGUGCCGUGGUGCUGCGACGCGAUCUGGCCAAGGAUGAGGUGGCGGCGGUGGUGGCCAGCAGCAGUAGUCCCGGAGCGGAUUCGGCGGCCUCGUCGCCGCGCAGCUCCAAGCUGGACAAGCAGAACUCGCUGGACCAGAGCUUCACGGCCAAGAUACGCGCCUCGCUGGCCAAUUCGCCGGCGUUCCACCGCAAGCGCUUCCGCGACGAUCCCAAUAGGAUGUCUAAGACUUUGCCUCGUGGCCUGGGAGCCACUGCAGCAGCUGGCGGCGCAGGAGGUGCAGGAGGAGGAGGAGCAGGAGGAGCCAGUGCAUCGGGCUCGGGAACCUCAGCCGGGAACACCUCGCAGCAUGGCGAGCAUGGCAUCUGCGAUGUCUACGGCCUCUAUGGCAAGCUGAUAUUCGUGAAGGAGGACUACGAUGCGGAGGAGGGCAACCAGGGCAACCUGAUGGACAUGAUGUACGAGGGGAUGAGGCGCUCUGAUCCGGAACUGGCCGCCAUACCCGGCAAGGUGUGCACCCUGGACCGGCGUCUGCGCAUGAAGGCCUCGCGGCCGAGGUCACUGGACCUGUCCAACUGGUCCGUGGACUCCAAGUCCUCCAGCCUGUACACCUCGUCGGGCAGCGAGGAGAGCAUGGGCAUCCGGCACUUUGGCGGCCGAUCCGUGUCCCGCAACAGCAGCAGUGCCAGCCACAAGACCUCCGGCACGGGCAGCGAUCUGGGCAACAUAUCCGAGAACGGGCUGAUGACCACGGCGGACAUACACCACCACCAGCAGCAGCAACAGCAGCAGCAGCAGCAGCAACAGCAACAGCAGCAACAGCUGAAUAGCUCGGCCAAGCCGGAGGAGACAAGCAGACUGGGCACAGGAAACCCGGGACUGGACAAAUCCGCCGCCGCGGUGGCCACGCUGAAGCGGAAGCAGAAGCAGAACACCAAGCAGCAGCAGCAGCAGAGCGCCGACGGGCCGAGGACCGUGAUCACCCUGAUGGGCGGACGCGGCUACUGGCGCCAGAUGUGGUACAAUGGGGCGGGCGGAUCGCCCAGCCAUAAGAACAGCACCGGAGGCAGUGCAUCCGGCUCCAGCGCACAGGCCACGCAGGCGGGCAACCCCAGCUGCUCGCCACUGACGGCCAACUCCAAUGACGCCCACAUCGUGGUGUGGGAGAAGAAGUUAUAAUCGCAGGAGCUGGUGUGCUGCUGCACCCUUCAGCAGCAUCCCCACCAGCACCAUCCGCCGCUCACCGAGCUGUGGCGCCGCGUGGGCGAGCAGCAGCAGCAGUUGCAGCAGAUGCAGCGCCGUGGCCGUAGACGGGUCCGCUUUCGGGGAUCCUUCAUCCAGCGCGAUCGCAGCGCCGGCAACGAUGGUGGAGCAGGAAGAUCGGCGGGACAGGGAGCGGGAGGCAGCAUGUUGGGUGCCAGUCUGAAGCGACUGACCAAGCUGAAGCGCGGCGGCAGCCUCAAGGAGUUCUAGAUUCGCGUGUACAUUGUUUUCGAAAUUUAGUUUGUAGCUCUUAGGCUUACGAUUAGGCACAAAAACCCGGCGGCCACAUAAAUCACUAGAUUUUUUUUUUUAUUGCGUUUGCUGUAAGCGGGAAUAUCGAAUAUAUAUUUAUUAGCGGCCCUGUUCACGUUUCCAAUCCAAUUCGGAGAAUCACUUGGUCCCGAAACUCGAGUAUUCUAACGACUUCUAAACUUUUUUUCAUAUAUAACAAUUUCAUAAAUCUAAAGUUUUCUGUUAUUCAACUGAUCAAAGAACUAUAAUAAAGGUUUGUCUACCUUUAAAUGCAUUGAUGACUUAGAAAAAGUCUACCUAAUUUCCUAAAUUAUAUUAUUGAAAAGAACAAUCCUAUUUCGUUGUUCUAAAAUCAGAGAAUUUCUUAAUAUUAUCACUUUUCGCUGAAAGUAUCUACAAAAGUUUAAUUUUCCCUAAAACUGUCUAAGAUUAUUGUUUCAAAGCCGUUUAUUGCACUAUCAACAAUAUUCAUGUAGUUAAAAGCCUUGAACUAUUGCUAAAGAUUUUCAUUUCAUUUUUGGAAAACCAUUUUUUUUAUGAUUUCCAAAAACCUUGGAAAAAUAAGUUAAAUUUAGUGAAUUUCGUAUUUAAUCAGAUUUAAGUCGACCUUUUCCAAACCGAUGUGGAAAUAUCUGCGAGCUUUUGGGAGAAAUUUAGUUUGAAUCCGAUUUGGAAAUGGAAGCGGCUACAGGGGUGUAUAUAUAGCGAAUGUUUCUGGAGAAACCUAGUGCUUAGUCAGCUUUUUCUCAAACCUGAACAGCCAACUAUCUCUUUUCGUUCUUGAUUUUCGCGUAAGAAUGUGAAACUUAGCCCUAGGGAAUAUGUUUUUUUUUUCGUAUGUAGUUCAUAACUGAAUAUCCAAAUAUACAAGUGUUUUUUUUUCGGUAGUUCUGUAAGCAUAAUAUGUUACAUAGGAUAUAACUAGGUCGAUAAGGGGUUAAGCACACACAAGAGAGCGGCCAAGCCAACAAGUUAAGGGGAAAUGAUGUUGUCUGUAAGCAAAACGAAAAAGCAUUGUUAAAUUAUCCGGGAAACUGUCGAAAGAGCAGGACUUGCGAAUGGUGUGUACCAUGGUUAUACAAAUGGCUAUUUGGCCCCAUUUUGUAACCAUGCAGGGCACUUCCUUUUCAUUUUUUUUGUUAACAUUUUCGAAGUCGAAACUCUGAAGCAGCUGGCAGCACUUCCCUUUAUAUAUGUAUUAUAACGAAAUUAGAAUUAAAUGUACUCCCCGUUUAUGGAUAAACCCAAUUUGUAGUACUCUAAUGCCUGUAUUUGUGAACAUUUACAACAAGCAAACAAGAAAUAAAAACAAAAUGUUUUUUUUUACUUUGUCAAGUAAAUUUAUAUAUAUACAAGAGUAAUGAAGCGAACAAGGAAUAUCUUAUAUAUACACAAAAACAUACUUAUAUACGAUUUACAUCUUUAAAAAUAUACAUGUGCGUGUGUACAACAAGAAUAUUUAGCUAAAAAUAAUAAAAAGAAACAAAAUGUUUUAUCGAAGAUAUUUUUUGUGAGCGAUAUCUUUUGGAUACACAUAUAGAAGUCAGGCAUAAUGCAAUUAUGUAACUUUUUGUAUCAUUGUGCAUAUUUACACACUCACACACGAAUGCAUACACACACAUACGCGUUAACGCACUCAUCUACAUAUAUGAAAAUAAUAUAUUUACCUAUAUAUCUACACAUAUUUACGGGUUCCCCGGGGAGCCCAAAUGUACAUGUACUUGGAUGGCAUAUUAUUCGGCCUCGUUUGUGAACUAUCUAUCCACAGCGAAACCAGUUGCUUUGUCGGUGUUAUACAACAAAAAGAAGAAAAAAAAAACAAAAACAAGAGCAUUGUAUGUAUUCAAGAACAAAGAAAAUGUAUUAAAAUAUUACAAAAAAAUA